AUCUCGGUCACCCAUGGUGUGUAUUGUGUAUUGGUCAUUUGGGGCUGUCCCUCUGUCGUAUGGAUCUACUCAACAUGGGACACUCGGUUCCCAACGGCCGAACUAGAUUAUCGCCAUGGUUACCAUUUCGAUCCAUUGCCCAAGCCUUUCUCUGGCAAUGUCCAAGUAGAAAUCAGUCGGAUCUCUCUUUUCAAUGUGUCCGCUCAAUGCUCGCUCUGCGUUCGCUUGCCGGAUCUCGAUCUGGCCAUCUCCCUCCCGAUCAUCCCUUCGCUUCCGAUCGUUCCGAGCUCCCCUUUCUUCACGCUUGAGCGCCCUUCGUGGUGCCACUGUAUGUGCCUUCGACUGGCAGUCCCGGCCUUCACACCAUCGUCUCAGACAUUCGUUUUUCAGAGCCAGCCACGAUUGCCCCAGACCUGUCCUGCAAUCCCCUUCCCAACAUCACUUCAAAAUGACCUACGAUGGAGAGUCUCAUCUCGUGUCUACACACGUUAGCACCACAUCCACCGCCUCAGCCCAGCCGCCCGUCGAUCCGCUCGGUCGUCAUGGCCACGAGCUCUACCCAUUCCGUCUCGACUCCGGCGAGUUGCCAUCGCUCGAACAACUUCUUGCUUCGAUCCGGUUGCGAUUUGAGGAGCGUUCCACCUUGCAUGCCGGCAACCCCCCUUUGAAACUCGGACUGCUGGUUGGUCGGGGCACCGAUACUUCGUCGUGGUGGCUCACACCAAUUCCUUCACCCGUCUCCAAACACUCCUCUAACAAUCAUAUAAACGCAUACCCGGUUCUCUGGGUUUGCUGCGACCGAUUCGGCGGUGCAUUCGGACGUGCACCAGUCAUCUCCCGGCCUGAGCUUCAAAGCGAGUCUGAGUCUGGGUCGUCGAAACCAGCACUUCACCCGGCUCAGAGCACUGUUGAAUCGCUCCCGCCGCAUCUCUGGAUGGAUUUCAAUUCCACGACUGCUCUCGCUCAGAUUCCGCCCAACUUUUUCGAUGUCAUAGCGGUCGACUGGUCCACUUGGCGAUAUCUCAGGCCCGCCGAUCUCGACGUCAUUACGGAGUGGACUCGGAUCCUCAAGCCGUGCCGGGCCCUCAGUUCACCUUCUUCCCCGACAGGCGGUUGCGCACAUCCUCCCGGAACAUGUGGCUUCCUCUUCGAAGGCUCUGUCAGCAGCAUUUGCUAUCAGGGCAUUCCACGGCCUCCCAAUGCCGCUCCCAGUUGGCAGCAACUUGGUUUCGAGUACGACAACCCCAGCCAUAUCACUAUUCCAUCGUGGUGGGCGGAUGUUCUCUCGAGCCUCUCCACCAUUCCGGCAAACUUGCCACAGGCGACGCAUUCCGGCGCCCCGCGGACAAAACCCUUGCGAUCGCCGCUGCAGCGAGUGCUUGCUGCCACCAGCUCCCGAUCUGUUUUGUCCAUGCCUCGGACCAUUAUCCCAGCCCCGCCUCGGUCCAUAGAACCGUCGCUAGAGGCUGCGAUCAACCAGAUUCAUCCCUUCUUGGUCCCAAAAUGUGCUGAUCUUUUCACGAGCCAUGGGUACUCCGUCACAUUUCAUUCACGCAGCGACAGCAACGCCUAUCCGAUACCCACUCGAGGAGUCAUCGACUGUUGGUUCCAAGCCAUCCGUCGUCCGAGUCCUUGUCAGACCCCCCAAUAGAUUCGUGCAGUCGAUGGCCGACGCUUUCUUUUGUUCCGAUCGGCCGCACGGUAUUUGCGCUGGCUUGAGCAUCAUGUCCA